AUGUUCAGCCUAAAGGACAUCAAGAUGAUGACACGUGGCGAAGUGGAGUCAGGCGAUCCAGAGAUGGGGCGAGAUCGGCAGGCGGGGGAGCCUGUAGUGGCGGGAAAGCCUGGAGUGGCGGCGGAGCCUGGAGUGUCGGGGGUGCCUGAAUCAUCAGAGGAGCCUGGAGUGGCGGAGGAGCUUGGAGUGGCGGAGGAGCUUGGAGUGGCGGGGGAGCCUGGAGUGGCGGGGCAGCCUGGAGUGGCGGAGGAGCCUGGAUUGGCGGGGGAGCCUGGAGUGGCGGAGGGACCUGGAGUGGCGGGGGAGCCUGGAGUGGCGGAGGAGCCUGGAGUGGAGGGGGAGCCUAGAGUGGCGAGGGAGCCUGGAGUGGCGGAGGAGCCUGGAGUGGGGGGGGUGCCUGGAGUGGGGGUCGAGCCUGGAGUGGCGUGGGAUCCUGGAGUGGCGAAGGAGCCUGGAGUGGGGGGGGUGCAUGGAGUGGGGGUCGAGCCUGGAGUGGGGGGGGAGGCCCUAGAGACUAGGGAGUGUGGUUCAUCGGAGGAGCCUGGAGUAGAGGGGGAACCUAGAGUGGCGAGGGAGCCUGGAGUGGCGGGGGAGCCAGUAGUGUUGGGGGAGAAAGGCGUGGCGGGGGAGCCUGGACCGUUGGAAAAUGCCGCUUCACGUCGUACCCCAAGGUGGCAGGAGAGGAAAACUGGGAAGCGGAAAUGUGCUCAAGAGGGGUGUAGCAGUGAGGACACGGAGGGUGAAGUGGCCGAUGUGACUGUUGGUCAGCGCUUCUGUAUUCAUUUCCACCAUUGCAUGAUGCGCGCUGCAUCAAAGGCAGAAGCAGGUCAUCCAAUGACUCCCCAAGAAGUCCCUCACAUUCAUUCCCUCCCUUCCCUCACAUUCAUACCCUCUGCCCUCCCAUUCAUUCCCUCCCUUCCCGCCCAUUCAUUCCCUCUGUCCUCACCUUCGUUCCCUUCUUACAUCACAUUCAUUCCCUCUGCCGUGCCAUUCGUUGCCUCCCUUCCCUUCCCGUGCCAUUCAUUCCCUCCCUUCCCUCACAUUCAUACCCUCUGCCCUCCCAUUCAUUCCCUCCCUUCCCGCCCAUUCAUUCCCUCUGUCCUCACCUUCGUUCCCUUCUUACAUCACAUUCAUUCCCUCUAUGCCCUCUCAUUCAGUCCCUCUGCCCUCACAUUCUUUCAAACCCUUCCCUCACAUUCAUACUCUCUGCCCUCGCAUUCUUUCACUCCCUUCAAUCACAUUCAUUCCCUCUGCCACAUCAUUCAUUCCCUCCGCCCUCAGUUCCAUUCCCUCAGCCCUCACAUUCAUUCCCUCCCUUCCCUCACAUUCAUACCCUCUGCCCUCCCAUUCAUUCCCUCCCUUCCCGCCCAUUCAUUCCCUCUGUCCUCACCUUCGUUCCCUUCUUACAUCACAUUCAUUCCCUCUGCCGUGCCAUUCGUUGCCUCCCUUCCCUUCCCGCCCAUUCAUUCCCUCUGUCCUCACCUUCAUUCCCUCCUUACAUCACAUUCAUUCCCUCUGCCGUGCCAUUCGUUGCCUCCCUUCCCGCCCAUUCAUUCCCUCUGUCCUCACCUUCGUUCCCUCCUUACAUCACAUUCAUUCCCUCUGCCGUGCCAUUCGUUGCCUACCUUCCCUCACAUUCAUUCCCUCCGUUCCCUCACAUUCAUUCCCUCUGCCCUCACAUUCAUCCCCUCCCUUCCCUCACAUUCAUUUUCUAUCCGAUCUCACCUUCCCUCCUCUGACCUCACCUCCUUUUCCCUCCCCCGAUGA